UCGACGCGAAGUAAGGCAGAGAAGAGGGAAUAGAAAAGGAAGAAAAGUAAAAAGAGAGCGGGAGAGGGGGCGAGUGAGAAGGAGGAAGUAUAAUUCUGGGUUCGUGAUACUCUGAAGAAGGCUGCUGCGUCGAAAAGAGAAGCAAAUCGAAGCUAUACGAUGGGUCGCCAAGCUGUUGCCAAGCUUAUAGGAUCGGCCAUUAAUCGCAAAAUUUCUUCAUCUUCAUCAUCAUCUGUGUUUUCGCGGGCGGCGUCGCAGAUUCGGCAUUACGCAGCUGCUCCUCCGCCUCCGCCGGCAGUUUUCGUUGAUAAGAACACUCGCGUCAUAUGUCAAGGGAUCACCGGUAAAAACGGUACCUUUCAUACAGAGCAGGCCAUCGAAUAUGGCACCAAAAUGGUUGGUGGUGUUACGCCGAAGAAGGGUGGAACAGAACACUUGGGCCUUCCUGUUUUUAACACAGUUGCUGAUGCUAAAGCUGAAACAAAGGCCAAUGCAUCAGUAAUUUACGUCCCCCCGCCAUUUGCUGCAGCAGCAAUAUUGGAGGCGAUGGAAGCUGAGCUAGAUCUCGUUGUUUGUAUAACGGAAGGGAUCCCACAGCAUGACAUGGUGCGAGUUAAGGCUGCUUUAAACAGGCAAUCCAAAACUAGAUUGAUUGGCCCUAAUUGCCCUGGCAUUAUCAAGCCUGGAGAAUGUAAAAUUGGAAUUAUGCCUGGAUAUAUCCACAAACCUGGGCGCAUUGGCAUUGUGUCACGAUCUGGUACCUUGACCUAUGAGGCGGUUUUUCAAACAACUGCCGUUGGCCUUGGACAAUCCACAUGCGUAGGCAUUGGAGGGGAUCCCUUUAAUGGGACUAACUUUGUUGAUUGCAUCGAGAAGUUUCUUGCUGAUCCUCAGACAGAAGGUAUUGUUCUAAUUGGAGAAAUAGGUGGGACUGCUGAAGAAGAUGCUGCUGCUUUGAUAAAGGAAAGUGGGACUGAGAAGCCUAUUGUUGCAUUCAUUGCUGGCUUAACUGCUCCUCCAGGCCGUCGCAUGGGUCAUGCCGGUGCCAUUGUUUCAGGUGGAAAAGGUACAGCCCAAGACAAAAUCAAGACUCUACGAGAAGCUGGAGUAACAGUGGUGGAGUCACCUGCGAAAAUUGGCGUUACGAUGCUCGAUGUUUUCAAACAGAGAGGACUCGUUAGUUAAACCGAAAACAACAGAUUUCAGAGUUCCACAUUUCCAUGUUGGCACAAAACUUGGAGUUCCUACUUCCACCUAAAAUGGUGUAAAAUUUUCAAUAAGGUACCCAACUUUUCGCUGUUGACAGUUUUUGAGGCGUUCAAUGUCUGUGAGUUUUAGAGCCUCUAACUGCUGGAGAUUCAUUUUAAAAACUCACCUAUAGAGAUACUUAGUUUUAGAUUCAAUUUUCGGUUUUAUAUCAAGUUAUUAUACCAUCGGCAUCGUUUGACCCCUA